AAAUUACUCAAGUUUGACAUCUGGUCUGUUUUCUCCUAAUUUUAUGUCAAAAUAUAAUAAGAUUCAAAGUGAUCUCAUUUUAAAAUUGUUGAAAAUACAGUGCUUGUGCAUUCAUUUUUACUAACGUCGAAGAUGAAUUAGCUUCAGUACGAAUCGUCGCUUCUGCAGACGUAAACGUAAACAAAGGCAAGAAUCAAUACCCCAGCAAAGAACUGGAUUUCCAAGCCAUGGGUAAUGAGGAUUGCGGCGAGUCCUCCCAACAGAACGAAAACGAGGUCGAACGUCCCCUGAAAAAAGCCAAAUACGUGUGGCAAGUCAAAGGCAAGUACCACCUGAAAGCCAACUACGAAAACAAAACUGAACCCAAAGUAGAAACGAGUAAAGAAAAACGCUGCGACUGCAGCGAACAAAACAUUAGGGAAGAACGCAAGUGUAUUGAUAAGUUUCUAGCAAAGACUGAAUCUUUUCUAGACAGUGACGACGACGAGAGCGUUUCUAGAAAUAUCGAUAAGUCCAUAUCGAACGAAAUUCCUAUCACUUUGGUGUCGCCUAACCCCAAAAACCAGGACUAUUAUUUGAGGAAGUGGCAAGCGCGGCAGAUCGCCAGAGGGUACAUUGACAACACUAUUAAUAAAGUGUUGGAGAAUUGGUCUUCGGCGCCGUUUGACGCUGAAGAUUUCGUGGAAAAUUGCGACGACGAUGGUCGCAUUGAGAAUCAAGGGAUUUUAAUGGCUAUAGAGGCGCACGGGCUUCAGUCUAACAAGUCGAAGAAGGAGGCUUCGUUGUCGUUUUUAAGGCCGGAUGAGUUGGCUGAUAAUACUUUAGAUAAGAUUGAUACUGCGAGGAGUCAGUUUCUGAAGGAGGGACUAGGGUUGGAGGUGUCUCCGGAAGAAAAUGCGGCUGCUGUUGAUACGGAACUAGAGGCUAAACUAGGGAUAGGGGUGGAAUAUCCAGUCAGCGUACUAAAUGCGGCCAUUCUGGUCGCUAUUGAACGGAAAGGGUUGUCUUCAAAUAAAUAAUAUCCACAGUAUGUAUUGGUAUUUAAUAUGAUCAAAGACUGUUCACUGAUUUUAAUAUGUAAGUAUUAUUUUUUUAAGUUCUUGCUAAUUCGUAGCUUUACUAUAUAUUUUGUAUUUUAAUACUGGAUAGUCAUGUAUUUUGUUCGUAGUUGUCUUUUCUGAGUUGAGGGAGAGACGUCAGUCAUGUUGAAUGUACAUACGUGACGCAAAUGAAGGGAUAAAAGUUAAUAAAACUAAUUCAGAGUU